UUGACUCGCAAAGACUUUGCUACUCUCCUCCAUUCCGCAAACUACCACACCGGCGAGCCCGAAGGAUGGCUCAACGACGAAAUCAUCAAUGGCUUCUUCACCGCUCUGUGCAAUGGCAUGAACGACAAAGCCGGUCACACCAAAGGCAAGGUACCACCAUACGCCUCCUAUAUAACCGGAUGGUACUCUUCAGUCACCAAGAACGGCAUCAAAGCCAUCGAGAGAUGGUCACGCCGCAAGGGCAUCAAGGGAGACAAGUUGCUGCAAUGCAAGCGCAUCUUCUUCCCCGUCAACCCUGGCAAUCACUGGUCCCUGCUUGUCGUCCGCCCUGACACUCAUACCAUCGAAUACCUCGACAGUCUGGACGUCGGCUACUCAGACACCAACCGCAAGAGUGCUCGAUACAUCAAGCUGGCACGCCAAUGGCUCGAGAUGGAGCUUGGCAAAGACUACGUCGCAGACCAGUGGAAGGAAGUCGACCGCCGCAGCGCCAUCCAAAACAACGGCUCAGACUGCGGUGUCUUCACCUGUCUCAACGGCUUCGCCUCUGCCCUUGAGCUCAGCAAUCCAACCAACGAGUUUGGUCCUGAGCAAAUUCCCUACGCUAGACGCGCAAUGGUUUCUUUGUUCAACCUCGGCGGCUUCAACAAGCACUUCGAGCUUUGA